GUGCCCUGAUGAAAUUCUCGAAUUAGAGAAGGUGGAUCCACAAACAUGGUCCUCUGGACGUUAUGACUUCUACUAAACUGUUUUAACAGCGCUGGAAUACUGUUGAGGGCGUCCUUAAUGGCAGAGUCGCUUCCCGCUCCGAUGGCUACCCGUUAGCCUUUGAAGACGUCGCUGCUUUUCUGAAGAUCAUAGGUAUGGUGUAUGGCGGACUCAGGACCCCAGCUAAUAUCUUUUCAUUACUAUUGCGAGCUUUGGACUACAGCGUUCGGUGGUCGAUAUUGAACUGGACCAAGGCCUCCCUACGAUUGUUGUACACUCCGAGGAAACUGAAAGCCAGAUUCUUUCGUUGGCCCGGACAUGCCGCGUCGGUUGUAGGCCACUGUGAUGGAUAUUUGUAUCAUGCAUGGGGGAAUAGCUUGGGUUGGAAGCUCUUUCUAUCUCGCUUACCGUCUACGCGCCUUCCGCCGCGGCGAAGCGAUUCUUUGGAGGAAUAUACGCUCAAAUUCAACUUUCCAAUUCGAGAGGUCUCUAUAGACAGACGCGUCAAUGUUAUUAUCCUCCUAGAAAUGCACAAUAAUGUAUCGCCGCGUCUGCAUUUCUACAAACUCAUCGAUAAGCACUAUUCAAGGGGCAUUAACCAUGCGGUUGAGCUGAGACCAUAUCAUUCACUAGGGUGCGAGUGGUCGACGUCUGGCGACAUCACGCUACGCGUUUUUGGAGCUAUUGUUGGCGUGUGCUGCUUCAAAGCUGGGCAUCUAUUUGAUUCGCCGAUUGUGUUCUACGAUUGGCAGACGACUCGGACGGUCUAUUACCAUGAAUCUCAUAACGACCCUCUUCCUGCUAGGCCCAUGUCCUUCCAGUUUCUAUCCGUCGAUGUUGCGGCUAUCUUGGACAAGUACGAGGUCGACCAAAGGAGCAGCUACCUAUGGCAUCCAUAUCUAUAUGUCGUAACUCUCAAGGCAUGCAACGAGGUACACUGGAGUGGAACGGCAAUACCUCGCUAUGAACGCUACCAUCUCGAGGCGGAGCUGCCAACAAUCCAGGAAUUUCUCUUGGCGUACAAGAACAGGAAAAACGAUUACAAGUCGAUUGUCGAGAAAGUCACGUUCAUCCCUAAUGUCGCUCUUCCGAUCGGCACCUCUAAUCAAGGCGUCGACUUUAGCCAAUAUAUGACGCCCGAUUAUUAUUCUCAUCCGGUUACUAAAGGUCCUUAUUAUGUCAAAUCCCCUACGGACAUUGCAUGGAAUGGCGAUUUUUAUGCUGAUCCCUAUCGACAACCCAUCGGUAUAAAAUUCUCGUUCUACAAAUGGACUAGUAAACCAGACGUUGUGUUUGUCAUUACUCGGAACGAUCACGUCGGUGAUUCCAGGCGGCCUUUCUUUCCUCUCAGAGCUCAGAAAUGUUGGCAAGCCAAGGAGGGCAGCACGCACGUCAUGAAUGGGUCCAAGCUGCUUUCAGUGCAUGCGUCUCGGGACAGUUUUACUCUCCAGGAUUUCACAGAGUAUGCUACAACGGUGGUGGAACGCACAUCUCGCCAACAUAAGGAUGGCGAGUAUGGCGAGUAUGGCAGCUGGCAUGUGGAAACCAAGAAUGCUUCGCGGUGUUGUUGAAACCACAGCGACUCUUUGUGGUAGUGUUGAGGCAGUGACGAUGGAGCAGGAUGACCUUAUUGUUAUCAUGCCCGGAGCUCAUACACCCGAAGAACUUGCCGUCGACAACCCGCAA